CUUUUUUUAUUUUGGGAGGUGCUUGUCAAAGAUCAGAAGCGUUUUUAAGCACUUUACUUUAGGCUUAAAAAAUUAAAAAAAAAAAAAGCCAAAGGUUGGUAGCAACCUACUUUGGGCUUUUGGCUUUUAGCUUUUAAGUCACUUAAAAAAAAGCCUAUCCAAACACCCCCAUAGUACUACAGUUACAUGCAAAUGUGUCUGAUGAGGGUAAAUACAAGAAGGGAGCUUAAAUUGCUUGUAAAUCUGUUGAGGGUAAAUCUCUGCCGUUGAUCAGAGAUGGGGCCCUAGCUGUACUUGUAAAGUAUAUGAACGCUAGGGGCCUUAAUGACCUAAAAUUGAAUGCAGCCGUAAGAUAAGGAGUUGAUGGUGGCGGUGAUGAUGAAUAUGUUUAUGGGUUAUAUGGAUAUGGUUUUCUGGGAUUUGACCACUUACAUCCAAUGGAUUUAAGGAAAGCAGAUGGAGGAGGGCAAGGCUAAGCUCCAAAAUCAUUCUUUUCCUUAUCAACAUUCAGAAGCAAAGGAAGUGAUUCAAAACCAAGAUAGCUCUUUCAGAGUAUAAGAAUUCCCACUCGUCGAAAAAUUAGAAUUUCCUUCACAAUGUUCAAACAGUAAUUUACGCAUAGAGAUUGAGGGAAACAGGUUGAAGGGAAAAGAUGGCGUCCCUCGUACCAGAAGUACUAAUUAAGCUUCUACAAAGUAUGAACUCCAAUGUAAAAGUUCGCGGGGAGUAUAGAUCAGUUCUUUUACAAGUAAUCAGCAUUGUCCCUGCCUUGAAUGGUUCCGAGCUGUGGCCAAACCACGGAUUCUUUAUUAAAGUCUCCGAUUCUUCUCAUUCAACUUAUGUUACACUGUCAACAGACGACAAUGAGCUCAUUUUGAACAAUAAAUUGCAACUUGGCCAGUUCUUUUAUGUUGACAAAAUGGAGGCCGGAACACCGGUACCAGUUUUAGUUGGGGUGAGGCCAAUUCCAGGGCGACAUCCAUUUGUUGGCAACCCGAAGGACCUGAUGCAAAUGUUGGAACAAUCAGAGAUUCCUGAUCAGACUGAUCAGGAAAAUAAGGCCGGUCCAAAGUUGAACGAAUUGCCUGAACCGAAAAAGGAGAACCAGAAGAAGAAAUUUGUCAUCAAAGAGGAAAAGGCGGUUGUUGCAUCCAGGUAUAUGCAAGGUGUGUCAAACCAAAAUGCAAAGAUUGGUGGAAAUGAUCAAGGUACUGGUGCAAAAUGCAUUGAGAAUGAGAACAAUGGAGCAGAUCACAAAGCUCUACCUUUGAAAGGGAAACAACCAGAGGUUAAAAGUCAGACACGGCCUACAACUCCUUCUCGUAGUCGUCCUGAUGCAUUUUUUCCAAACUCAGAUGUGAAUGUGCUUAACAGCAGGGAGGUUUUGACUCCAAGGUUUUCAACUUUAAAACGUCCUAGCAGCAAACAAGAAAACACUAGAGAGAAUGGUCCAUUUUCUGAAACACUCAUACCCUGGUCCUCUCUACCAGCCAACCUCGCAAAGCCAGGGAAGGGGAUUCUUAGAAGGAAGAAGUUAGCUUCUUUAAUAGCAGCAGAAGCUCAAGAAGAAGCAUUGGCAGCAACCAAUCUUCUUCAUUGCUUCAGCAUGUUUGCUGAACUAUGCUCAUCCGCAUCACCAGAGAGUCCCCAUCUCGCUCUCUUCAAAUUUUUCACUCUCAACCAGCUGAUGGAACAACCGAAUACCAAGACAAAUGAACAAAUCCAAGAUAACUUUGCUUCAAAAUUAUCUUUACAAGACAAGGAGAUCAAAUCAGGCAAGAAGACACGUCCCUUGAAUGUUAAAAAUACUCUGAAAUCGUCUUUGAAGCCAUCAAUAGAAGUUUCUGUGGCUGAAAAGGUAGAAUGGGCAAAAGGAGACGGCUCCAAAGGCACGAAGGAGCUAAGAGAGGUUCUGUAUAAUGAAAUGCAGUCCUGGUUUCUGAAAUUCAUGGACGAAGCACUUGAUGUUGGUUUCCGGAUGAAUGAGCAAGAACAGAAAAAGAAAACACGCGCUGUACUACAACAAACGGAUUCAAAUAACCAAAUUGCUCUCGCGUUGUCACAGCUUAAGCACGCCAAUGACUGGUUGGACAAGCUAAAGAGUAAAUCAACGUUGAAUAAAGAUGUAUCCGAGACAGUGGACAGAUUGAAGCAAAAACUCUACGCAUGUUUACUUCUUCAUGUCGAUUCAGCUGCUUCAGCACUUGGAAAACCAAGUUCCUAAGAGCUUCUGUUCACUUAAUACUAACUAAUCAGCUCAUAUGAGAAGCAUGUAAACUUAAUUGUUUCAAUGUAUUUGAAAAGGAUGGUGAAAACAGUUAAUUAAACAUUACUUGUUUGUCCA